AUGCCUCCAAAAAAAGCUAAAGGAAAGAAGAAGAAAGAGGAAGAACCUGAUGAUGAGUAUAAGAGCAUGACAGGGGCUGACUUAACUCAGACAUUAGAGAAACUGAAAGAGAGAGUUAAUGAAAUGAGAACAAACAGAAACUAUAUAUAAAUGGAUAGAGAUAUGGUUGAAAAUUUCUAUCAUAACACGUUAAAAGAGAUUUCUGAAGUGAAAACAAAAAUAUCAAACAAAGAAACAGAAGCUGAAGAAAAAGAAAGUAAACAUAGAAUAGAUGUCAAAGUAUUUCUAUAAAAGGUUAAACAUUUAGAGUACGAGUAAGAAAAGAGCAAUUUAAAUAUUGAAGAUGAUGGUAAAAAAGCAAAAGAGAAGGAAGAUGCUUACUUCGAAGAUAUUACCAAGAAUAUGAAAUAGCUAAAAACUUAGUUGAAAUCAGAAUACUUGGAAAAAGAAAAAGCAAAUAUAUAAUAAGUGUAAGAAGAAAAGAAGGAUCACUAGUCACUCCUUAAAAUUCAAUAGAAGAAAUUUGAUGAGCUUAUCAAUAAUUUGAUUAUCAAGUAUGAAGAACGUCUAGCAAAGCUAAAAGAAGACUUAGAAUUAAAACUAAAAGUCGAAAUUCACGAGCUUGAAGAAAGAAAAAAUCUUCAUAUCAACGAAUUAAUGAAUAACCACGAGAAGGCUUUCGCUGAACUAAAGAAAUAUUAUAAUGACAUCACUGCUGAAAAUCUUAAUUUGAUUAAAGCACACAAGGAAAAAAUUGCUUAAAUUUAUGCUAAUAUUUAACUCAACACCAAAAACGUUGCAGAUAAUUAAGCCAAAAAUGAACAACUCAAAGAGCCCUUGGCCAAACAUCGUGAAAUUCGUAAUAAACUCAAAGAAGAUUUAAAAUAGUUUGCUAAACAUAAAAUGUCGCUCCAAAAUUUGAAAUCUAAGGCUAUCACACUUAAAGAUAAAAUUACAAAAUUAGAAAGAGAUGGAAAGGAUUUGGACGAAAAAUACGAAAAAGUAGUCAGAGAGAAGCAAGAAUUAGAAAAAAAAUUCGAAGAUAUAACAUAAGAAGUUAAAAAGAAUGCAGACCUCAAUAAUAACGUUUUAAGCAACCGUUUAUAAAUUUUAUUAAAAGAAUAUAAUAAUAAGGAGGAAGAACUCCGUACCAUUAUCGAUAACGCUGGAUUAGACCAUAAUUUACACGAAUAGCUCAAGCAAAGAGUCCAACAAUCAAUAGAAGCUAAAAAUACUUUAAUUAAGAAUUUAAAAUAUUCCAUUCACCAUGCCACUAAAGCAUAUAACGAUGCCAUCAGAGUUUACGAAGCAAAAUUAGUAGAAUUCGGUAUUCCAAUAGAAGAAUUGGGUUUCUAACCUUUAGAAACAAUAACUUCUUCAAUGCCUGCUGGUUUAGUCUCUUCUUGA